UGAGCAUAACAAGCAACAACCAGCUGCUCCAACAGUCGUACGCAUAGUGGUCGUGGCUAGUGGCGGCACACACUGCACUGCACUGCACACCUAGCGAUCGAGGGGUAGAUAUCAAUGGCGUCCAGCUCCGAUCAAGAGGGCAGCGGGAGCGGGCGGCGAGGGAGGCCGCUGGUGUUCGACGAGCUCAGGUGGGUGGUGCAGAUCCGGGAGUCCCUGACGGAGGACGGCGACGACGAGGACGACAACGGCAUCCCGGUCUCGGUGUUCAACGUGCCCAAGCAGCUGCUGGUGCACAAGCCGGAGGCGUACGUGCCGCAGUUCAUCGCCCUCGGCCCCUACCACCACUGGCGCCCCGAGCUGUACGAGAUGGAGCGGUACAAGCUCGCCGCCGCCCGCCGCGCGCAGCGCCGCCUUCGCCCCGCGGGGCUCAAGCUCGAAGCCCUCGUCGCGGAAUUCGCCGACCGUCUCGAGCGCAAGAUCCGCGCUUACUACCAUCGCUACCUCGACUUCAGCGGCUUGACGCUCACCUGGAUGAUGGUCGUCGACGGCGCCUUCCUCCUCGAGUUCCUGCAGAUCUACGCUGCCGCCGAAGACUGUGGCAAGCCGGCGCUGCGGAGGGUGUCGUCGAGGAUGGCGCACCUGGUGGACUUCGCCGGGAGGAAGUCGGCGCACGGGCUCAUACUGCGCGACAUGCUCAUGCUCGAGAACCAGAUCCCGCUCUUCCUCCUCCGCAAGAUCCUUGAGCCGCAGUGCGCGUCGGCCGACGAGGCCGGGGUGCUGCUCACGAGCAUGGUCACCGGGCUCGUGAAGGAGCUCUGUCCGUUCAAGAUGAUGGACGGCGCCUUCCCGGCCGUCGACGUCGCCAAGUACGCGCACCUGCUCGAGCUGCUCUACUACCUUCUCGUGCCCAAGCCGUCGGCGGAGGACACUACGGCAGAGGCACAAGACCAUGACGAGAACUACGACAUCGAGGAACAGCCGGCGGACGGCGACGGCGAAGAGAAGCCCUCUGGCGGCGGGUCCGAGUACGUGUCGCAGCUGUUCGCCGCGCUGUGGGGCUUGGCGUCGAAGCUCGGGAAAGGCCCGCUGCACUACGUGAUGAGGCCGAUCGCUUUCGCUGUCAAGGCGCCGUGGAAGAUGCUCACCGUCGUGCCGGGCAUGUCUGGCAUGAAGCACCCCGUCGAAUCAUUCUUCAUGUCCGGGGCCGACGGCCGCGGCGACCCGUCGUCUUCGUCCACGGCGGGCCACCUGAGCCGGCCACCGCUGAUCGAGGAGAUCAUGGUGCCGUCGGUCUCCGAGCUCGUCAACGCCGGCGUGCAGAUAGCAGCCACAACCGGCGACCUGUCCACCAUCUGCUUCGACUGCAAGACGGCGACGCUGCACCUCCCGGUGGUGACACUCGACGGCAACACGGAGGUGAUGAUCCGAAACCUUGUCGCCUACGAGUCGUCGGCGGCGUCCGGCCCGCUGGUGCUCACCCGGUACACGGAGCUGAUGAACGGCAUCAUCGACACCGACGCCGACGUGGCCCUUCUGCGGCAGCGUGGCGUGGUGCUGAACCGCUUGAAGAGCGACGGCGAGGUGACGAAGCUGUGGAACAGCAUGAGCAGGUCGACGCGGCUGACGAAGGUGCCGGCGGUGGACAGGGCGGUGGAGGAGAUGAACCGGUACUACGACGGGCGGUGGCGCGUGAAGACGAAGCGGUUCAUGCGGAGGUACGUGUUCAGCUCGUGGCAGCUGCUCACCUUCCUCGCCGCCAUCAUGAUGCUGCUGCUCACCACGCUCCAGGCCUUCUGCUCCGUCUACACAUGCUCCCGGUGGUUCGGCGCCGUCACUGUCACGGCGGCGUCGGGGGAAUGAUAACCCGUUGAAAAUUGAAUUUUGGAUGGGUGAUCUGCAUCUGCAUGCGUGCCUUUCUGGAUUCGGCUACGCGAGAUAGAUUGGCAUGCAUGUGUUUGGUUUGGCAUUGGUAUUUUCGGAGUGGACGUGCAUUUUUUGUUUGAUUUUUGGGUUCUGGUUGAUGCAAGUGAGAUUGUUUAUAGCUUCAUAUGAAUGCCAUUGGUUUGUAAACAUACUAACUAUGAUUAUUUUCCAUUAAAAUUACCGAGAGAGGUAUAUACAUGUAUGCAUUUGAA